CCAGGACAGCGGCUACCUUGUGGCCAUCCAGCCAGCUGGUGCGGCGUCGGCCACCAUGUCCCUGGCGGCCUCAGCAGGCCGGGGCCUGGGGACCAUGUGGUCCCCUACACAUGUGCAGGUGACGGUGCUCCAGGCGCGGGGUCUGCGGGCCAAGGGUCCCGGGGGCACGAGCGACGCUUACGCGGUGAUCCAGGUGGGCAAGGAGAAGUACGCCACAUCGGUGUCGGAGCGCAGCCUGGGCGCGCCCGUGUGGCGCGAGGAGGCCACCUUCGAGCUGCCGCCACUGCUGUCCUCGGGGGCCGCGCCCGCCGCCGCCGCCACCCUGCAGCUCACGGUCCUGCACCGCGCGCUGCUCGGGCUCGAUAAGUUCCUGGGCCGCGCCGAGGUGGACCUGCGGGAGCUGCACCGGGACCAGAACCGCAGGAAGAAGCAAUGGUACACCCUGAAGUCCAAACCAGGAAAGAAGGACAAAGAGCGAGGAGAGAUUGAGGUGGAUAUCCAGUUUAUGAGAAACAACAUGACCGCCAGCAUGUUUGACCUCUCCAUGAAAGAUAAGUCUCGGAAUCCAUUUGGAAAACUGAAAGACAAGAUCAAAGGGAAGAGUAAGGAUAGCGCAUCGGACACCGCUUCUGCCAUCGUCCCCAGCACAACACCCUCAGUUGACAGCGAUGAGGAGUCUUUCUCAAAAGACAAGAAAAAGAAAUCUAAGAUCAAGACUCUGUUUUCCAAGUCGAAUUUGCAAAAGACGCCGCUCUCCCAGUCCAUGUCUGUCCUGCCUACUUCCAAGCUAGACAAAGUGCUGCUUCAUCCCGGCGACUUGCGGUCCCGGUGGGACGACGAUGACAAUGAGGAUGAGUCCUCCUCCGCCUCAGAUGUCAUGUCCCACAAGAGAACACCCAGUGCAGACCAUACACAACUGAACCAGACCAAGAAAGAAGGGCUCUCCUUCCUCGGGGGCCUCCGGUCCAAGAAUGACUCCCUUUCCAGAUCUAACUUGUGCAUUAACGGGAACCAUGUUUACAUGGAGCAGCCAGAGGCCAAGAGUGAGAACAAGGACAGCAGCCCUUCGAAUUCCCCGUCCCCACAGGGCUUCCGGAAGAAGCAUUUGUUCUCCUCCACUGAAAACCUGGCUGCCAGAUCUCCUAAGGAACCAGGGGGAGGAGGCGUGGCCUCUGACAGGCGACUGUCGGACUCCUCCAGCAAGGAUUCUGUGAAGUCUAUGUCUUUGCCAUCCUACCGACCUCUGACCACUGGGGACAGCAGAGAGGGCGUGUCCCCAGCAAACGUGGAGGCUACGAAAGAGUCAAAAGAGAGCAAGAAGCAGGAGAACAAAAAGUCCUCUUUGCUUUCUCUGGUGACGGGAAAGAAGGAUGUGGCGAAAGGCAGUGAAAGUGAACCUCUUCCCACCGUCUCAGAGAAAGAGAAGGAAAGGCAAGGCACCAGCACAGAUGCCCAGCAGAGGGAGGAAGACCUUGGACGAAGGCCUGAGAGAGAUGUUAUACCUGUUGCCUCCCAGUGGGGCAACUCCCUAAAUCCCUUUGAAGAUGUGCAGCUCUCAAGCCCAGAAGCCUGCCUGGAUUCUAAGUCUGAACCGAAGCCACCAGUUCCUGCUCCAAGGGCUCCCCAGACCAAGGCUGUGAAACCUAGACUGGAAGUACCUCCAAAGGCCCAAACCAAAGCCAGGCUUCCUUCCCCCGACUCUGCUCUCUUUCCUACUCUUCCUUCUAGCUCUGCUCAGGCAGCUGUCUUUUCUGACAUGAGGGGUGACUCAGAGACACAAUCCUCUGAAAAUCCUUCUGCUUCCUCCUCUUUCUCCUCCCCUCUGGCAGCUCCUAUCUCCACAUCCACUCCAAUUGAACACUGGCCCCCCACAGGCAAGGGGGAGGCAGAUCCUGAAGAACUGCCUUUGCUCCUCAGAGUGGUCUCUCAAAGGGAGAGCUUAACACCAAGUCCUCCGAACACUGGUUCUUCUGCCUCGGGUUCACCUUACAAACAACUUAUCAUCCCAGUGCCGAAAGGGGGUGACACCAGGGAGACAGGCACAGGGAAGGAAGCUGGCAGUGAUGAGUCAGGAAAGAGCCCAAUGGAGCAGCCUGAAGAACUUUUGACAGUUCCUUUCCCAGAGCAACACCAUGUCCCCUCACCUGAAGAGGCUCAGGACGUACCCUCUGAGCUUUCCCUCAUCGGUGGCAGAAUUACAAACCCCACUGAGAAGUCCCCCAUAGGAGGAGACACAGACUCUGGGCAUCUGCCUAGGUGUUUUGUGGAGAAUGAUCGCAAUGGUGGAAUGACUUCUGUAGUUCAACAGGAAGACACAGGCUCCCCAUUUGACGUCAUAGCUCAGAAACACGAAGAGAUGCAUGGGAAUGCCAGCGGAGGUCAGAAGAGAGUGAAGAAGCGUGUGUCCUUUUCUGAGCAGCUCUUUGUGGAAGAAGGAACAGAAAAGCCCACUGGGCUUGAGGAAGAGGACGAAAUUCAUCCACAGCAGCUGACACAAGAAGGGCCUGUUGCUUUAAGUGUGCCAGAUGAAGAGUCUCCUCAGCGGCCCCACACAGAAGGCACGGGAGAGGAUCCUGUGACCUCAGCAGCUCAGUCCAUCAUUCCUUCUGAAAGCGACAGCUUCUCAGAAGACCUCACAAGUGAAGCCAGCCCAGGAAGAGGUAGUGGUCAACUCUGGAGGGUUGAGGAGAAUGAUGGCCUCAUGAUUCAAUAUCAGAGCAAGGCCAGUGAUCAUGAGGGCCUGCUGUCUGACCCCCUAAGUGACCUUCCUUCUGCCUCUGAUGUGAAAUCUCCUGUCAUGGCUGAUCUGAACUUUUCUCUUCCUUCUAUUCCUGAAGUGGCAUCAGAUGAUGAAAGAGUAGAUGAGGCUGGAGAUGGAGGAAAGGCAGCAAAGCUGGUUGAUCCAGAAGUGGGAGUUUCACCCGUGGAUGUGUCACCUUCCAGUCUGGAGAAGACAGAGGGGCCGAGUGGCAGGGCACAUGGGUCAGUGCUCAUGGAGGAUCUCCAUGACUUCAGGUCAGACGCUCUCAAAGUGGCUCCUUCUGAGCAGACAGCAGCAUUAGGAAUUCCUAAGUCACACCUUGGCAAGAGCUCAAGAGUGAAUAAACAGUUACCAGGCCCUGGUGCUGAGGAAGAGGAACUGAAGGGAAGUGGGAGGCCAGGCUCGCCUCUCCACACGUCCCAGGACUCCCCCGUGCCCAGCCCCUCACCCUCUGCGACCUUUCCUGCUGCACACUCUUUGCCUAGCUCUCCAUAUUCCGACCAUCACACCAGUGUAGCAGAAUCUCAAAAAAAAGCAACAGAAGCCUCAGCUGCUAAAGUUGAAAAUUUUGGCAAGAAGAAGCCACUUCUACAAGCCUGGGUCACACCCUCAGAGAUACAUCCAGUCUCAGCUCAGCCAAAUGCUGGAGUUGGGGCAGCCAAGCACAGGCUUCAUCCUGUGAAGCCGAUGAACACAAUAGCCACCAAGAUUGCAAAUCCUAGCUUGGGAACUGCCAUCAUCAGUGAGAACCUGAUCAAUGAAGCCAUUAUAAAGAAAUACCAGCCCUCGGAUCCUGCCUUCGCCUAUGCACAGCUGACCCACGAUGAGUUGAUCCAGUUGGUCCUCAAACAGAAGGAAACCAUCAACAAGAAGGAGUUUCAGGUGAGGGAGCUGGAAGACUACAUUGACAACCUUCUGGUCAGAGUCAUGGAGGAGACCCCCAACAUCCUCCGAGUGCCGACCCAGCUUGGCAAAAAGGCUGGAAAGAUGUGAACCACAUGAAGGAAAUGGAGAUGUUUUGUGAGCUUGUUUCCACCUACUCUCACGGUCAAGGGUGUGGUCUGCCUAAUAACCAGCACACAGGCCCAUGUCACCGGGUGUGUGCCUUGUCUCUCGAGAGUUAAUUCUCCUAGUUGAAACCAGGUUAUUACCAUGAAUCUUUUGUAUACAUUCCCAGCAUUUUAUUUUUAAAUACCACUGUGCCUUUAACUAAGUUGUAAAUGUAAAUGUUUGACCCUGUGUCAUCGAUUCAGGAGGCACCAUUGGACUAAUGUAUUUUAACACUGAGGUGGUCACCCUUUGAUACUGAGAUCUUCGAGUAUAUAUCCUCCCUGAAGCCAGGCUUAGGGUGAGAUCAGAAAGGGACUGUACUGUGGAUACUGCUUCACCUCUUUUCUUGGCAGAUGGUAAAUUUUUAUGUCUUGUGAACUUCUCUCAGACUCAAGGAUUGUUUUGGUAGAGUUUUUUGUUUAGGGGGCAUUGUUCUGUUUUUCAGAUAGGCUGUUGUAUAGCCUGGGUUGCUCUUGAACUCACUGUAUAGUUGAGACUAGCCUUCUAUCUUCCCACCUCCACUCCCUAAGCUUUGGGAUUUCCUCUGUGUUGAUGUGCCUUGCCUGGAGCACAGCUGUUUAUGAAAAGCCUCUGAGCAUGCUUCUCAGAACAAAUUGCCUCUUGCUUUUUUAGCCUUAAAAAUACGAUUUGUGGGUGGAGAAAUAUAGCUUAGAAGGUAAAGUGUUUUCACUGCAGAAAUCUGUAUUUGAAUUCUCAGCACCAAUGCAAAAGAAGCAGCCAUAGCGGCAGGUGCCCGGGGUUGG